AUUAUGCUGUUACAAUUUUUAGUUUUAUUGGGUCUUGUCUUUUUUUUGAAUUACGUAGUUAUUAUUUUUAUGGUUUUGCUGCUUGUGGCUUUUUUAGUUCUUUAUGAGCGAAAAUUACUGGGUUUUAUUCAAGAACGAAAAGGUCCUAACGUGGUGGGAAUCUUUAGGUUGGUGCAAACUGUUUAUGAUGGGCUUAAGUUGCUUUCUAAAAAUACUAUAUUAUAUUCUAGAUUUUUUUUUGUUUUAAUCCCCAUUUAUGGGAUGAUUAUGAGUUUACUCCAGUGGGUCUUUGUUCCCUUGCCUUUUUUAUUAGUUUGAGUGGAUUAUUCGAUUUUAUUUACUUUUAUUAUUUCUGGGUUAAUGGUUUAUGUGACUUUGGGAUGUGGUUGACAGUCGGUUAAUAGUUAUAGGGUUGUGAGGUCAAUUCGCUCCAUUGCUCAAAUGAUUUCUUACGAAGUAAUUUUUUUUUUUUUUGUGAUAAUGUUCAUAUUUUCUUUUCAAAAUUUUAGUUGAUUUAAUUUUCUGGAUUGUGAAAAUUUUAAUGGGGUUAAUUUUUCUUUAUUUUUAGUUUUUAUUUGGAUAAUUAUAACUAUAGCAGAAUUAAAUCGGUCCCCCUUUGAUUUGGUUGAAAGGGAGUCCGAAUUAGUGUCAAGGUUUAAUACUGAAUAUCUGAGGUAUAAUUUUACAUUGUUGUUUUUGUCAGAGUAUGCAAAUAUUUGGCUAAUGGCAGUGUUAUUUGGUGUUAUUUUUGGCCAUCAAUUGGCCGACACAAUCAGCUUAAUACUUCUGUAUGUUUUAUUUACUGUGGUUAUUCGGGGGUUUUUACCUCGACUUAAGUUCAGUGAUUUGAUUAAUUUGACGUGGAAGGUAUGUUUGCCUUUUAUUUUUUUAAUGAUGAUUUAUUUUCUAAUAUUCUAA